AUGAGUACAGUCACAGGAGGAGACUCUUCCUCUUCUUCUUCUUCUACGAGUAAAAGUGGAGGAGGAAUAGUAUUUGAUACAAAUGUAGCUUCUUCUCACUCACCUUUAUCAUCACCAUCAGUUGGUAGUAGUAAUAAUAGUAGUAAUAGUAGUAACUCAUUCCAGCCUUCACCAUCAUUGAUACAAAUAUCAGAGAUACUUCAACACUCGAUUGAACUUAAACUAUGUUCAUCGAUAUCUACUCACAAUGUGUUUUGGGAUACACUGUUACAUAAUGUACAAGAGAAUGGAGAUAUCAUAUCGUUGAUCAUCUCUCUACUACUCACAAAGUAUAUUCAAGUGACUACAAUGCCCGACAAGAGAACAUUCCCUUUGAUUCAAGUAUUAGUACAAUUAUUGACUAUCAACAAUCUACAUCAUCUUCAACAACUUCAACAACAAUUAAAACUUCAAUCCGCAUCUUCAUCACCUGUAUUGACAUCAAAACAACAAGACAAUGAAAAUGAUGAAGAUGAUGAUAAUGAAGAUGAAUCAUCAUCAACUGAUCAACCACCAUUAUUACCUUCAAUUGUACAACAAAUGAAUAUUGAAGAACAAAUUGCAAUGGUUCAACAACAAUUACAAAAUAGUGGGAUUAGUAUCAAUAAUAAUACAACAAACUCUUCAAUUGGAUUUAGUAAUAAUAAUAAUAUUCAACAACCUCAACAACAAUUAUCAUCAGCUGAAGAAUUAAAAGAUUUAGAGUCAAUGAAAGCAUCGAUUAUCAAUACGAUCACUUUUAUAUCACUCUUUUAUUCAUUCAAUUCUUAUCAUCCUACACUGAAACUUCUUCUUUCCAAGUUGGCCGAAAUCAAAGAUUCAAGUGCCACUGAUAUUCUUCGUAUCUUGUCUGCUGGAUUUAAAGAUACCAAUGAAUACAUCUUCUUUUUAAUUGACCAUUGUUCGGAUUUGGGAUCGAUCACUCUGCCCUACACCAAUGCCAACACUACCGCCAACUAUUACUUUACCUCUAAAUCCAAUCCAAAUGCUGCCGCUGUCGCUGCUGCUGCCGCCGCUGCUGCCACCAUCAACAACCCUAUAGCACAUAGAAACAGUUGGCUCAAUACAUGCAUUACAAUGGAGUUGCAACAAUCCCCGACAAAGUUGAAAAUGAUCUUGGACAAUCUAUUCCUAUUCCUCAAACACCCAUUAUUGUUGGAGAAACUGUCACCCGUUUUUGCACCAUCUGCUCUUCAAUCGGCCAUGUCCAUCAUCAAGACAUUCUAUCUUUGGCCACGACCCUACUGUGACUUUGUCAAGGAGAUUCUCGAGAUUCUAUCACUAGAGUAUCGUUGCCCAGGUGCCUAUUUCCGUACCAUUCUAUCAUCUGAAUUCCCAUCGAUCAAUAUCUCUAGUUCCAAUGCAACAUCGGCAUCUCUCUCAUCACCACUAUUUGCAUCAAAGUCACGUCCCUACGUUCACAUGAUGGUCGAUCGUUAUAUCAGUGAAUCUCUAUCAAUUCAAGAAAUAUUUGAAUCAAAUUAUAAAAAUAAUAUUCCUUCCAUUACUCAAUUACAAUCAAAUAAUAUUUCAAAUAUUUAUCAAAGAAUAAUGGGUAUUGAUAAUUCAAUUCUUGGGUUAGAAUUUCUUGAACCAAUUGAUGUUGCUCAAUUUCAUAAUAGAAUUGUUGAUUUAUUAAACAAAACUUUAUAUUUGGAAGAAGAAGAAUCAAAAUCAAUUAAAAUUAAAGAAUUGGGAUUGAUUAGAGAGGAAAUGAUUAAACAAUCAACAAAGACUGUUCAUAAUCAUGUACCAAAACCAAUUAAUCUUCCACAUUUGGCAUAUCAUUUUACGUCACUCUAUCGAUACACUAUUAAAAACAAAAAGCCAGAUGAAUAUGCAACCUCUCUUCAAUUACCAGUCUACAAAAAGACAUCCAACACUCUUACCAAUCUACUGUGCAAUUACAAUGCAGAUGUAAAUGAUUUGGUCAAGAUUUGUAUUGUUGGUAAUGAUUCUUCUAUUCAUCAUCUUGUUGGAUCCUACGUCUAUCUUAGAUAUCAAUCACCAGAAUUAUUUGAUAAUCUUGAUAUUCAAUUCUAUAUCAUUCCAGCUGGUAAUCAAUCAAAACUUGCUGAUUUCAUUUCUACUUUUGAUAAUUGGUAUCAUAGACAAGUUUCUUGUAUUAUAAAUUCAUUAUAUGAAAUUAUACCAUCAUUUAGACCAGUUAGUUCAUACAAUUCAGAUCAACAAUUUAUUGAAUCAAUGAGUAAUUUAAAGGAAGAUAGAAAGAGUAGUGUAUAUCGUCAAUCAGUGAGUGAACAAGAAUCACCAUCUUCAUUGGACUUGUCAGAUCAACCACAACAAGAUGUCUAUACCACCACACCAUCAUCUGUCAUCUUUUCAGAGAUUGAAUAUCUAUUUAGAGAAGCAUCCUUUAAAUUGGACAUUCCAUUAAUGAAAUGUGAAGCUUGGUUGGAUGAUACCUAUCAUACUAUUCCAUUCUUUUUAAAAGCUGAAUUUGGUUUAAAUCCUUAUAUUAUUGGAACUGGUGAUACAAGUUUAAUGGAAAGUCCAAUGAGUAACAAGAUGAGUAAAUAUUCACCAAGUUUGGUUAGUGUUAGAUUCUCAUUGGUCAAUCCAGUUAGUCAAUUUGUACAACAAAUGUCAAUCGAUUAUAAAUCCUAUUUUGAAAUAUCAAUUCAAAAUCAAAUACCAAAAUAUCAUCAUCAAAUCAAUGGUAAUAGUAGUAAUAAUGCAACUGGUGGUGGUAUUGGAGAAGGAGUUAGAAUGGAAUUAUGUAUGAUGGAAUUUGACCAAAAGAAAAAGAGAAUGAAAUCAGAUCAACCAUGUCUCUUUACAACCAAUUGCAUCGAAAUUGAAAGUCACAAGGAUGAUAAAAAGAAACCAUUCGAUCUAUUACUCGACGGCCAAAUCUAUGGUCCCUAUUCCAAGGUUAAAUUGUCUUAUUGUACAACACCAAAGAAUGAAUUUAUCACUUUUCCAAUUAUGACUUAUUUACCAAACUAUUAA